AGGAGUGCCCCAGCCGCCGGGGAGAGCGCCCAGCCCCCGCCAGCCCCUGCCACAGCCUGGAUCCUGACAGCAGUGGACAGGGAAGCAGGCUCAGGGCUCCGACCAGGCUCCCUAGAGGACAGACCGUGGCACCUCUGGGGCAGGCUGGUUCCAGCCGGGGCCAGCCCAGCUCCUGGCUGAGCUGGAUGCUGGGUGACUCAGAGCUGGGAGCCAGUGGCCGGAGGCCAGGCGGGGUGGGAGCAGUCAGGUAUAAGGGCACACCAGGGCGCCAGGCCUCCCCUUCACCAGGAGAACAUGCGGCUCCGCUUCUGGCUCCUGCUGGCUGUGGUCUUGAGCCUGGCGCUGGCUACAGCCCAGGGCCUGCGGUGCCACCUGUGCAAAGGCUUCGGAGGUUGCUCCCACGUGUCCAGCUGCCCGCCAGGCUCCACCCACUGUGUGGUCAUCGCCACCCGGUCCCCCAUCAGCUUCCAGGACCUGCCUCUGGUCACCAAGAUGUGCUACAACAGCUGCCCUGAUGUCCCCAGCCUGAGCCUGGGACCCCAUGUCUCCAUUGCCUGCUGCCAGUCCAGCCUCUGUAACCAUGACUGACCACUCUCCUCCAUGAUGUCCAGCCUGACAGACCAUGUUCCCUACCCUGGCCUAGCCCCUGAAGUCCCUCUCAGACUGGCCAGCCCACACCUCCCCAAACUCACUCUUCCUGGGGAAGUCCUGCAUGAAGUCUUGCCUCCAUCUGCUGCAGUGCAUGCCUAAGCACCCCUCCCUGUAUUUCAUCUCCCCCCACCACAGUCCCCACAAACCCCCAAUAAACUGUGGCCACCACCCAG